AUGGAAGAUCUUUAUGAACAAACAAUAGAAAGAAGCGAGCAAAUAAAAAAAGCUGGCUAUAAUUUAAUAGAAAUGUGGGAAUGCAAUUGGAUUAAAUCUAAAGAAUAUAAAGAAGAAAUGAAACAAAUUAAAAGCAAAUAUAAAGAAAUUGUAGAACUUAAUCCUAGAAAUGCGUUCUUCGGAGGAAGAACUAAUGCUACAAAACUAAAAGUUAAUGGAAAGAAAAUGAAAUAUAUAGAUAUUUGUAGUUUAUAUCCAACAGUACAAUGUUAUGAUGAUUAUCCAGUUGGACAUCCUACUAAAAUAUUCAAACCUCCUACGUAUAAUUCAAAAUGGUAUGGUUUAAUAAAAUGUGCAAUUUUACCACCAAGAGGUUUGUAUCACCCUGUUUUACCUGUUAAAAAUAAAAGGAAAUCUGGCGAUGAAAAACUAACAUUUCCAUUAUGUCAAUUGUGUGCAAAAUUAAAUAAUCAAAAAGAUAAAUGUACUCAUACGGAAUCUCAAAGAAUUGUCAGAGGAACCUGGUGUACAAACGAAGUAAAGAAAGCAAUUGAAAAAGGAUACAAAAUAAUAACUAUUAAUGAAGUUUGGCAUUUUGAACAAAAAUCGAGUUAUUUGUUUAAAGGAUAUGUAAAAGCAUUUAUGAAAAUAAAGUUAGAGACAAGUGAAUGGAGAAAUGAUUUUGAAUCAGAAGAAGAAUAUAGAAAAACCGUAAAAGAAAAUCUAGGUAUUGAAUUGGGUAAAAUAGAAAAUAAUCCUGGAAAGAGAGCUGUUGCAAAAAUCUGUUUAAAUUCCUUAUGGGAUAUUAAGAGAUUUUAUGAGAUCUUAUUAGACGACAGACUUGAUAAUAUACAUAUCAAUGAAUUAAACGAAAAUAUGUUACAAAUUGAUUACAAGUAUAAAGGUUGCUAUGUAGAAAAUGAUUUCAAUACCAAUAUAUUCAUAGCGGCUUUUACAACCGCAAAUGCUAGACUAAGAUUGUACGAAAUGUUAGACAUAUUAGGAGAAAGUGUAAUAUAUUAUGAUACAGAUAGCAUUGUAUAUAUAGAUAAUGGUAAAAACACUGUUAAAACAGAUUGUCUAUUGGGAGAUUGGACCGAUGAAUUAGGUAAAGUUGUUUGCAAAAUUAAAGGAUUUACAUUAAACUAUGAAACGUCCGAAAAGAUUAAUUCCGAUAGCAUGAAUAAUAUUUUAGAACACAAAGACACACACGAAAAAAUAGAAGAAGAACUUGUUAUACAGAAGUACGCUCAACGCGGAUUUUAA